GCGAACUUUUCCAUAGCCUCGCCAUCGUGCACCAUCAACCAACGACCGCUAAGGGACCACCAUUGAUCGCACAUAAGCCGACCGAUCACCCGGUGUACAAUCAAAGACCUCACACACGAUGCUUCGAUCAUUAGCGACGCGCCUCCCGCGGCGCGCGGUCGCUUCGACAACCCCCCGUCUUACUACCAGUUUCCGCCCCUCUACCUUCACGCCCUCCUCACGCCGGGGUCUCGCGACGAUUAUCGAAGCCAUUCCGAAAGAGCCGACAGAACUCGAUGCCAUCACGACCCUCCCCAAUGGCCUGCGCGUUGCUUCUGAAGCGCUACCGGGUUCCUUCUCCGGCGUAGGCGUCUACGUUGAUGCCGGCUCCCGGUACGAGGAUGCCGGCCUGCGGGGUGUCAGUCAUAUCAUGGACAGGUUGGCCUUCAAGUCAACGGGCAGCCGCAGCGCAGACGACAUGCUCGAGUCGGUCGAGGCCCUCGGCGGCAACAUCCAGUGCGCAAGCUCACGAGAGAGCAUGAUGUACCAGGCGGCGACGUUCAACGGCGCCGUGCCGACGACGAUUGGGCUGCUCGCCGAGACGAUCCGCGACCCUAAGCUCACCGAGGACGAGGUGCUCGAGCAGCUCGGCACCGCCGAGUACGAGAUCAAAGAGAUUUGGAGCAAGCCGGAGCUUAUUCUGCCCGAGCUCGUCCACACGGCUGCUUUCAAGGACAACACCCUCGGCAACCCCCUGCUGUGCCCGGAGGAGCGCCUCGGCAGCAUCUCGAGGGAUACGAUCAAGCGGUACAGAGAUUUGUUCUACCGUCCUGAGCGUAUUGUAGUUGCAUUCGCAGGUGUCGAGCACACAGAGGCAGUCAAGCUGGCGGAGCAAUACUUUGGCGACAUGCAGCCCUCCUACCAAGAACCCACGCUCUCAAGGACAGGCUCAGAGACCUCCAUUGGCUCCGCGGCCUCAGAAUCCACUGACGCGUCCGCCUCCGCCUCCGCAUCUUCCUCCCCAGUCCAACAACCCUCAAAACUCCUCUCCAAAGUACCCUUCUUCAAGAACCUCUCCACUUCAGCACCGGCCAACGCCUCCGUCCAGAGCGGCAGCGCAUCGCAGCUCUACGGCAUCAACUCACCAGCCCACUACACCGGUGGCUUCCUCUCCCUCCCGCCCCAACCCCCAUCCCUGAACCCGAACCUCCCGACCUUCACCCACAUUCACCUCGCCUUCGAGGGCCUCCCUAUCUCCUCAGACGACAUCUACGCCCUCGCGACACUGCAGACCCUCCUCGGCGGCGGCGGCUCCUUCUCCGCCGGCGGCCCCGGAAAGGGAAUGUACUCCCGCCUCUACACAAACGUCCUCAACCAGCACGGCUGGGUGGAAUCCUGCGUCGCCUUCAACCACUCCUACACCGACUCCGGCCUCUUUGGCAUCUCCGCCAGCUGCAUCCCCGGUCGCACGGCGAGCAUGCUCGACGUCAUGUGCCGCGAGCUCCGCGCCCUCACCCUCGACACGGGCUUCUCGGCCCUCAAGGCGGCCGAGGUCAACCGCGCCAAGAACCAGCUCCGCUCGAGCCUGCUCAUGAACCUCGAGAGCCGCAUGGUGGAGCUCGAGGAUCUCGGCAGGCAGGUCCAGGUCCACGGGCGCAAGAUCCCCGUCACGGACAUGUGUCGCAAGAUUGAGGCGCUGACGGUCGAGGACCUGCGCCGCGUGGCGCGUAUCGUCGUCGGCGGGCUGGUCGAGAACCCCGGCAAGGGCAGCGGUGCGCCGACGGUUGUGUUGCAGGAGGCGCAGGCGCACGGCGUCAGUACGCAUACUAUCGAGUGGGAGGCGAUUCAGAAUACGAUUUACGACUGGCAGUUGGGCAAGCGGUAAAAAGGUCCCAGAGGAUGGUUUGUCUCGAUAGAGUGUAGCGAAUGUGGGCUGUGUUGGGAUAGAGAGGUGGCACAGAAAGUGGCCAUAACUUGUAUCAUAGAAGAGAAAGAGGCAGAAGAAACUCGACAAGUUUGGAAGGGUUGUUAGGGUGAAGUGUAAAAGUAUUUAAUGGCUGGCUAUCCUCGAGGACACAGGGUGUGUUCUCUCAGCA